CCGACACCUCCAUAAAGCUAUUCUCCAACCCAUGUCCGAUUCGUCUACCAGGCCCCUAGAAUUCGAGACCCUCCAGCUCCAUGCGGGGCAGACCCAGGAUCCCACCACCAACGCGCGGGCGGUCCCCAUCUAUGCGUCGACGAGUUUUGUGUUUAACGACUCUGCACACGGCGCCGAUCUCUUUGGUCUUCGUGCGUUUGGCCACAUCUACUCGCGGAUAGGGAACCCGACCUGCGAUGUCCUCGAGAACAGAGUCGCUGCACUUGAGGGCGGCGCUGCUGCCAUUGCGGUGGCAAGUGGCCAGUCUGCACAGUUCUUGGCUCUGUCGACGAUUGCUAGCGCGGGGGAUAACAUUGUGUCGACAUCGUACCUUUACGGUGGUACCUACAACCAGUUCAAAGUAACCAUGAAAAAGUUUGGUAUCACAGUCAAAUUCGUCAACGGCGAUGACCCAGCCCUAUUUGCUGCUGCUAUUGACGAGAAUACCAAAGCCAUCUAUGUCGAGAGCAUUGGCAACCCCAAAUACAACGUCGCGCCUUUGCCCGAGCUCGCCGAAGUAGCUCAUAGCCAUGGCAUCCCCCUCAUUGUCGACAACACCUUCGGCAUGGGUGGCUAUCUCGUCCGUCCCAUCGACCAUGGCGCUGACAUCGUCUUGCACAGCGCAACCAAGUGGAUCGGCGGACACGGCACUACGAUCGGUGGCAUCAUCGUCGACGCGGGCAAGUUCGACUGGAAACGCUCGGGCAAGUUCCCCGGCUUCACGGAGCCCUCCGAGGGCUACCACGGGCUUGUGUUCAGCGACACGUUCGGCGCCGUCGCGUUCGCGGUCAAGCUGCGCGUCGAGCUUCUGCGCGACAUCGGGCCCGCGCUCAACCCGUUCGGCGCGUUCCUGCUCAUCCAGGGUCUCGAGACGCUCAGCCUGCGUGCGCAGAGGCAUUGCGAGAACGCGUUGGCGCUUGCAGAGUGGUUAUCGGCCCACAAACAGGUCGCUUGGGUAUCUUACCUCGGCCUGCCCAACCACGCGUACCACGCGAACGCACAGCGCCUGCUGCGCAAAAACGCACACGGCGGUGUGCUCAGCUUCGGCAUCCACGGCGAUGCCCUUAGGGCGAGCAAGCUCGUAGACAGCCUCAAGCUCGCGAGCAACCUCGCCAACGUCGGCGACGCCAAGACGCUCGUCAUCCACCCGGCAACGACAACGCACCAGCAGCUCUCGGACGAGGAGCAGCUCGCAUCAGGCGUGACGGCCGACUUGAUCCGUGUAUCCGUGGGCAUUGAGCAUAUCAAUGAUAUCAUUGCCGACUUUGAGCAGGCGCUCAAGGUCGUGGAGUGACUUGCAGGGGAAGACAGGAAAAGCAGGAUGUAACAUUGCCAGUUGUAUAGUAGCGAUCUAGUCAAGAUACUGUAUUCUCCAAGUUUCCAGGAAAGCGGGAAUUGCAAGAUUAAGAGCUCCUGGGCACUCGAGAACACGGCCAGGGGGGCCCGCGGCAGCCGGGUGAACUUGAGUGGAAGAGGCAGAUGACUCAAUAGGGAUGAGGUGGCUCGAGAAUUCUAAUGAUGCGGGCUUGAUGCGAUAUAGGUCAAGAAGCAUAAUCAAUCUCCCGGCUCGCAUGACCAUUCAGAGUCGCGCUGGAACCACACUAGUCCUCGUGGAAGAAUGAUAGUGCAGAGCGUAGGACAGUGCUUGUGCCAUAGAGCCGCAAUAUCGGGUUCCUUGUCAUCAUCGAACUCGUUACCGGGCGCCAUGUAUGUGAGAUACUUGAGGGCUUUGAAUUGUGAGAGUGCGGGAGCGCAUUCAACUAGUAGCUCCGUAUUGUAGCUGGACAGCAUGGCAAUAAUAUGUAAGGCCUCCACGCAUGGAAAGUACUUUGCUAGGGUAGAGAGCAGAGUCAUCGGCGGUGGAGCCUCGAAUGACAUUAAGGAUAUUCGCGUGAGCGGCACAGAGCCCUUCGUGAGCGCAUCCAGUGCCUCUUCUGUAUCCUGGCCGAGUAUAGAAACCGAUACAGUGCGAACCGGACGGCCAGAGAUGACUGCACGCAGUGCUUUGGGUGAUGACUGAACGGUGCGAAACACCGUUAAUGCGGGCAGUGCGUCCGACCUGAGCUGGAACGAAGAACCUUCUUCGAUGCGCAGACCACCGAAAGCGAGCUCGGUGAUACCGGGCUGGGAAGAGAGAAAAUACGCAAGGUGCGCGUCACAUUGAAGUGAGGUGGUGAAUGAGCGAAGUUUGAAGGUGCAGCCUGAACAGAGACGCGUUAUGUCGAUGUCUUGCCACUCGUGGGGUGGAAACUCGAGAGUGAGUGCUUUGAGUGCCUUGAGUCGGCGGAGAACGCGGUUGAGUAACGGGAGGACAUUUCCGGUAAGGUGCUCGUAGGCCGUGGAGUCGAACUCGAAUUCGCGGACAAAAGGAGUGUAUGCGUCCUUUCGUGCCAAAGUGCGGAGAAAUGGUAUGGCGCGUGCAGGCGAAAGUCCAACAACAGUGCGGUAAAGCAAGCGAGAGGAAAUGUCUUGAAACCUCCGAUUAACAAGUUGAACUUGUCUAAGCUGUGUACGCGCUAGACAGGUAAAUAUAUUCUCGAGGAUUUCUGUGGGGAGCUUGCUGCGGGUGGAAAGUAUGUGGCCAUUAAUGUUAUGCAUACCCAAGGCCGUCUAUGGAGUAGCCGCGUGGCCGGCUGAUAAUGAUACUAGAUAACACUGCAGGAUGUGACUCUCAUGGGUGAGCUUGGUCAAGAUUUGUUAGCUGAAUGGCGUGCGGAUGGACGCUAAU